AUGGCGGACGACCGGCUCUGUGGGAGGACGAGGGCAGGCUGGAUCACCUACGCCUACCUCCUCCUCUACAUCAGCCUCUCAGGGUCCCAGAUCUUCUUCAACAAGGUCGGUAGGAAACGAUACUCCGCUCUCGUGCUCCUCUCCUCUUAUCUUUCUGCAACAAGGUCAGCAGGAAAUGUCAUCUUCACAACUUCCACGAACGGAAAUGGUGCUGGUUCGUGGUCUUUUUGAAGAACUGGGUCAUUCACACUGUCGUAUGCGUCCAAUAAGCAGUAUUUGCUCACCUGGACCUAGGAAUUUCACUGUCCACAGUGUUAGCUAUCUUUCUUGUCCAGCUUAUUGCGUCGGCGCAAAGUAUGCUCCCAGAGUUGGCUGCUGGAAGUUGAAAAGCCUCGCACUACUGUUCUAAUUUAUGUCUCCAAAAUGAUGCCUGGAGAAUGAGAACCUCACGUUAGUUCCCUUCCUGCUCACCGAGAUUCGCUGCAGAUGUCAAUUGAUGCGUGAUAACUGUUCAGAGGCAGCAUUGCCCCGAUUUUCUUUGAAUUUCCCCCCAGACCGAUUCACGUGCUGUAAUAUGAGAUUAACAUGUAUCUUUUGUUCAUCUUGAUUGUUUAUCUGCACCUUUCUACACUAGCUAACUCUAUUGUGCUCUUGAGGUUGCAGUGGGUUUUGUCCUCCAAGGAAAUCAACUUCCCCUUCCCAGUUGCCUUGACCCUGCUUCACAUGAUCUUCUCCUCAGUGCUAUGCUUCAUAAUCGCAAAAGUAUUUAAGGUAUACUUCCAAAAUCUAUAUGUGAUUCUAUUUCACCACCAAGAUUUUUGAAUUCGUAUCUAAUGGAAAGGCUGGAAUAAGAGAUGCGCUCAAUAUUAUCUGCAUCUAGAGCUACCUAAUCAAAGUUUUUUUUUGCUCAAUUUUCACGUUUGCGUAUUAGUUGAUUAUUUCUUUAUUUUUUCUCAGCUCAUAAAGAUUGAGGAGGGGAUCACUUCAGAAAUGUGAGUACAAAGUGAACUCGGAUAUAUGUAGCUUGGGUGAAAUUAAUGCGAUAUAUCUUAACUCUGGUGCAAGAUAACGAGAGGUAGUUCUAAUACAUGCAUUAUAGAGUAGAUCUGUAGAUGAGAUAAUGAUAUAAUUAUCACUCCCGGAUGAUUUUAGCCUAUUUUUCCCCCAGGUCAAGAAAACAAUGUUAUUGAUUGGUGCUGACACUUAAGACUUAAGGACAAGCCUUCGGAAGUGAGCACCCAUGUGUAAAUUACCAUCAGAAAACCCUGAACGGGUUUUAAAUGGAGUAUUUAUCUAUCCACCAUAAAGACAUUGCUGUUGUUAGUAAUCCGUUGCGCAUAAAGACAAUUUGGACUAGACAUAUUAUAUAUUUUUGAAAGCCAGGAUGGAUAAGAUUUUAUGCACUUUUUGUCAUGAUAUAGUUUCUCUCAUUUUUUAAUUAUACUUUUUUUUAAUAAUUUCAUUGGAUAAUAUUGCAUUGCAUAAUAUAAAUGAUAACCGUGGCUGCAGUUUCUUCCGGACAUUGGUUAUAUAGUUUCUACUAGAAUAUUGAUGAAUGGUGGAGAAUGUAAAUGUGUUUUUAGAAUGGUGGAGAACAUGAUAUGAAGUCCACGUAGAAAGGCAGGAUUGGCCAAUAAUUGAGCAUAACAAACCGUAGCACAUCUUGUGAAUCUGGAAAUUAUGUUAAUAUUCAUCUGUUGAAGAAGAGAGAAGGGUAGUUUUAAAAUGAAACAUCAUUCAAGGAGCUAGGAAAUAUCCUAAUGUUCUCCUAUCGAAGAAGUGAGAAGUGCUGUGUUAAAAUGGAACACAUUGAAGGAGCCUUGAGCUAUCCUUUCGGAGGAUUAGCUUUGAGAAAAUCGGGACGGUUUAAAUCAUGCAGAGUAAAUUAUCACCAGGAACUAAGUAUGAUGCAAAGUGCAAUGUCUUUCAGACAACCAUUGAUAAAGAGACGGAAACAGCGUGUAGAUGUCAUAUAGAGUGGAGUAAUUAUGAUGGGGGAGAAAUAAAAAUAGUUUCAUGUGGUCAUUUGUGCUUAUGUCAUAUUUGUCUUCGUGGAGAGCACAAAAUAAUUGUAGGCACUUUGCUUAGUUUCAGUUCGACACUAAUCUGGCGAAUUGAUGUGAACUUUAUUAGUUUGCAAUAUGCUUCGAUUUUUUUCUCAUCAUACAAUGUAUUGAUUCUUUUCACGUCUGACGUUAAUGCGCUAGUUCCCUUUCUGCCGUCAAUUCAGGAUUUACUAGCUGGGCUUUCUAAAAAGUAUUGAUGCUAUUUCAUUUAUGGUGUUCAGAUACUUAACAUCAGUCAUCCCAAUUGGUGCAAUGUUUGCCAUGACUCUGUGGUUGGGAAACAGCGCAUAUCUAUAUAUUUCCGUGGCUUUUGCUCAAAUGCUUAAAGCCAUUAGUAAGUAUCAAAUCCGCCCUUUCUUUCACACACACACACACACACACACACACACACACACAUAUAUAUAUAUAUAUAUAUACAUGUUCUUAUGAUGAAGUGCCUUUGACAUGGUCGCUUACCAAACUUUUCAGUGCCCGUUGCCGUGUUUAUUCUGGGCGUGGCAGUGGGUCUUGAGGUAAUGAGCUGCAGAAUGCUCUUUAUCAUGUCUGUCAUCAGUUUUGGAGUUAUUGUGGCAUCCUAUGGGGAAGUCAGCGUCAGCUGGGUGGGAGUGAUAUACCAAAUGGGCGGCGUCAUAGGCGAAGCUUUGAGACUCAUAUUCGUGGAGAUUUUCGUUAAGAAGAAGGGCAUCCGACUAAGCUCCAUAUCAGUCAUGUACUAUGUGAGCCCAUGCAGGUACGUUGGGUUCAUAUCCCUGCUCAUCAUCAAUGGCUACUCUGGUUCAUUAACAUGGAUGCUGCUGGCCUGUCUUCUUCAGUGCUCUAUGCCUCUUCCUUCCAUGGAUACUCUUAGAGAAGCCAAAGAUGGACAGCUACACGAAUUGGAACUUCCCCCUGCACAUUCUGUUUCUGAACUGCCUCUGCACCUUUGCUCUCAAUCUAUCCGUCUUCCUCGUCAUCACCCACACCAGCGCCUUGACGAUUCGUGUCACUGGAGUCGUGAGGGACUGGCUGGUCGUCUUGGUGUCGGCUCUGCUCUUCGCCGACUCAAAGCUGACUCUGAUCAACCUACUCGGCUACGCCAUUGGUACACAUGGGGACCUUACAUAUGAUUCCCUUAGCGUAUUUACCCCUCUUUUACUGAAACCAUAGGAACAUAUCUACACAUUUAUGUGUAGAUAUGCUUAAUGCAUGAAUAUAUCUUCUUCUUGCAUCAUACAGUGACUUCAUAAGUUGCUAUUUAUUGUGUGAUAUAUAUCCACAGAUAUGCCUAUUUAUUAGCCCGUUCUUCAUGCUACAAACUGCUGCCGGACAUAACUCAUUAGUCAUGUGGGGCUGUUAAUCACACAAGAUGCUUGGUUCUGCAGCUAUCGCAGGAGUGGUCUCAUAUAACAAUCACAAGCUAAAGAAGGAAGCGACUCAGGUUGGCAGCGAACAGGCCGCUGUCGCUGCCGCCGCCAGCAACAACAACAAAGAAGAGUUAGAGGAAGUCGGGACCUCCCUGGUUUCUCAGGAUGAGAAAGAUAGACUAAUCGAGAGAUGA